AUGCUGCAAAAGUCCCGGUUGCCCAACAUUUACGCUGUAGCACUGAGCGAGCUCCAAGAACUUGAGUCGGAACCGCUUUGCCAUCGCGUCGCUGCUCGUCUUCUCGUCAACAACUGCGAGCUCGUGGAUGGCAAGGACGAAGCGACGAUCCUCACCGACAGCGGCCGCAAGGUUCGCGACUUUGUCGACUCGUACGCCGCCAGCUUAGCCAUCUGCGACCUGGAGCGCGGCAGCUUCACGAUACCGAAAGAGUGCGCAAAGUUCCGUGAACCGUCCCUCAGCCAAAUCGCCAUAAGGAAUGAACCCCAGCUGCAUGUGAGCCCGGGCGAGAUUGGUCUCUGCCUCUCAGGACUGGCGGCGUCGGACGCUGCUUGGAGCACCUGGGUGAGCUAUCGUCACAAGGCGCUGCGGUUCUGCGAGGCUGCAAGAGCAGACAACGAAAAGGCCCAGCAUAUUUUGCUCUACCAGCGACUCACAAGAGUCAUUGCCCGGCUUACCGACGGCGUCGAGUCUGAGCUUCAAAAGCGCAUGGAUGAGCUUGACAGGCGCGCGCGACAGUCGGCAGAAAAGCUUGACCAGCUCAACCCACAACUCAACCGCUUGAGUGAAGGUUUGGCAAGAUUAGAAAGCUUCCUCUCCGAGGAUCUGGAUCUAGCACUGAAGAAGACAUCCGAAUCCUACCGCGAUGGCCUUCAUCACGCAGAGAACUUGCAGCAGCUGCUAGGGCUGUUGGUCGGGAACGUUCUUGACAGCAACUCUCAGCUUGCUUUCGCGCAUGAGACGUCGGUGCAACAAGCAUCGCAGCGAAUCAACGAUGACAUGAACGCGCUGAUAGAGGUUGUCUCGUCAGCGAUUGCCUCGUCCACUUCUCUCCAGCAGCAACUCCAACUCUCCCAUCACCAAACCACCGUGCUCGCCCAUCGCCAAGAGACUCUCGAGCAAGGCAUGGAGCGCCUGAGCACGGCAACCGAAGAGCUCGCGACAAAGUUUGAAGACCACUCCAGCAUGCUCAAGCAGGUCAGCAACAUGACAAACGAUAUCCUCGACUCCUUGGAGGAGACAGCCGCCGUGGCGACUUCGAUGAACGAGUCGCUCUUUGCAAGCCGCGUAGCCCGGAGUUGGUGGCCGUUCGUUGUCUUCCCGACGGCUUCUUUAAUUAUGGGAUCAUACGGACUCCCUCCUUCCAUUUUCCGAAACAUCGGAUUACUAGCGUUUGGCGAAGUUGUUGGGUUCGUGGUCUCCUCCUACGACCAACUCGCCGAUCAAUUCCUCGGCUCCUUGGAGGAAAUUGCGACAAACACAACGGCUUCCUCGCUCAGAUAG